CACAGAGGCUGCAGUCUACAUAAUGAUAUCUGAUGGACACAAAAGCUGCUGCAUCGCUGUUGGUAUUUCUGACCGCCUUAAUUACGAUUGCAUCUUGCGAUAAUUGCGUUGUUGGAGAACGGAAAUUGAAUUUAAGGCGAGGGAUUGACAAGCUAAACAAACUAGUCAACAAAUAUCUCUGUGAGGAUGCAAGUCUGAAAAUUGAUGAUAUCGGCGGAGCAGAAACAAAAAAUAUUGAUGCUAAAGCAGAACAACCUCUAGGAUUUCACGAUAAUUGUUGUGAAAAAGGAACGGUUAAUAAAUAUUUUUUAAAUUGCUGGAUUCGAAGUGUCGAUUUUAAUGAAAAUUUUACCUACAAAGACAUCAAUGUGGACCUAUGCACACACGCCACUCUCCUCCACUUCUUCCGUUUCGUAGGAAAUGACUCAGAUCUGCAAAUCCAAGAAAAUCGAUUUGAGAAUUUUCAACCUCUGGUCAAGAUGUUCAAAUCCAAAUGCAAGCCAGUAAUUUUAGCCGUUGGUUUAGACCCAGACGGGCUAUCUGCUGCGAGGUUCAGCGCGAUCGCAUCAAAGGAGGAGUCGCGGAAUGUGUUUGUGAACUUGGUCAUACAAGUGAUUGAAAAUUACAACCUGGAUGGACUCUUGCUCAAUUGGCAAUAUCCGGUUUUUUGGGAUGCAUGCUCUGAAUCUUAUUUAUUUAACUCAUUGAUAUAAUUAUAAUUUUAAUUUUUUCAGAAUAAUUUAAUUGGCAAGCGUUCCCCGUUUGAUGGCGCAAAUUAUGUACAACUUGCAGAAAAUCUAUCUAAAAAAUUGAAAGCAAAAAAUAAAAUACUACAAGGAUUAUCCACUAAUGAUGCAGCAUUCAAUAUGUACUUUGACUUCAAAAAAUUGGAUAGAAUUAUUGAUUACUGGUUGCUGCCUGCCUACCACUUUGAAGGCCCUUGGUCCGUGAUGACAGCAAUCUCGUCUUCUUACCUCCGAGCAGAUCUUAUGGUAUUAAAUCACUUGAAGAUACUUCCGCCCGAUAAAAUCUUACUUGGGAUACCCACGUAUUACUUGCCAGUUGUUGUGGACUCGACAGUCAAGAAAAUUCGUCUCAGCUCCCGUCUGAAGGUAAACUUCACACCAAAUCAGCAGCUUUCCACUUUUCGUCAGCUCUGUGAGCAGGCUGCUAAAGGUGGAUUGACCGUCGUCCACAAUGAAAGUAGCACCGUGAAUUCGUAUGCAUUUCUUAAGAACGAUUUUGUUUCUUUCGAAUCAUCGAUUUCCGCAGUCAACAAAAUGAGGCUGGUUUUCGAAAAGAAUUUGGCAGGAACGUUUGUUGCUUCAAUUACUACCGACGACUACGAUGGCAAGGCUUGUAACUGCGGGAAUUUCCAUAUUCUGAGGUCAAUUAAUAACGCACUCAGAGGAUCUGUUAGCGAGGUCAAAACAUGUCCUUAAUCUAAAGUUCUUUCUUUUCAUUAAAUCAUUCCAAACGGUCACCCACUAUUAUCUAUGAAAAUAUCGAUUGAGCAUGAAUAAAUACAUUUUAAUAUGUUCAGCCCAGGAUAACAUAAAAAUUCCUAUCUCAAGAUAAAUGAUUUGAACUUAAAAUUUGUUAGAGAGCGCUUAGAGCCUA